AAAGACCACAGUGAGUUCAGCCAGCAUCAGAAACACGGCAAGCACGUCAAAGAGGCUCGGUUGACAAAGAGAACGGUGAACCCCAACUCGUUUGUGGAGCUGUCUGUGGAUAAAGACGUGCAGAAGAGCAAGGUGGUGUACGCGUCCAAAGACCCCGUGUGGGAGGAGGGCUUCACGUUCUUUGUGCACAACAUCAAAACACAACAGCUCCAAGUGCAGGUGAAGGAGCCAGAGAAGAAGACUCCUCUGGGCGUCCUGACUCUUCCUCUGAGCCGCCUCCUGCACAUCUCCAACAUGACCCUGGACCAGCGCUUCCUGCUGGAGAGAUCAGGCGCUACAAGUCAGAUCAAACUCAAGGCCACGCUCAGGAUCUUGAAGGAGCACUUCACCUACUCCCUGUACAUGAACGUGUGCCGCUCUCUGUUCGAAAAGGACAAGCUCCUCUUCUCCUUCUGCCUCACCAUCAACCUCCUCAUGCACAACAAACUG